UCACCACUCACCGCCUUCUUCCUAAACUUCGUGAUUUCCGCAUCAUUAUGGUUAAGGUUAAUAUAUAGUCAACCAAUUUGGCGGCCUUUCACACGCCGUCCAUCCUCCUUCUCCCUUGUUCUCUUCGCCCCACGCACCUUUCCUCGCGAGGAAGAGUUACAUAGGAGGAGAAGGAAGAGCGCCUCCACCUUUGAUCACACCUAUCAUAAUGUCCUCCUUCUCUGCCUUGAAGAUCCUUCCCUCUCACCCGAUCGCGGGAGAAUACCGUCGCCACUCCUCCCCCUUUCAUGCGGCUCCAGCCAGCCGGCUUUUACGCUCAUCCGGCGCCAAUUACCUCUCCUCCACGUCCUCCGUCACCGCAGCCGGCCGCCCGGUUCGUGUACUCUCCGCGAAUGUCGUCAGCAACGAGAAGCAGAUCGGCUCCGCUUUAGCUGCGAUCACCUCCAAGGAAGCGCUGGAUUUGUACGAAGACAUGGUGUUGGGGCGCUCUUUCGAGGACAUGUGCGCCCAAAUGUACUACCGCGGCAAGAUGUUUGGCUUUGUUCACCUCUACAAUGGCCAGGAAGCGGUUUCCACGGGCUUCAUUCGGCUCCUCACCGCACGCGACACCGUUGUCAGUACCUACCGCGACCACGUCCACGCGCUCAGUAAGGGCGUUCCCGCCCGGGCCGUCAUGGCGGAGCUCUUCGGGAAAACCACUGGCUGCUGUCGUGGUCAGGGCGGAUCUAUGCACAUGUUCUCCCGCGAGCACAACCUCAUCGGUGGCUUCGCCUUUAUUGGAGAGGGCAUACCAGUCGCCACUGGCGCCGCCUUCUCGUCCAAGUAUCGCCGUGAGGUCCUCAAGGAGAAUUGUGAUGACGUUACCAUAGCGUUCUUCGGCGACGGCACCUGUAACAAUGGCCAGUUCUUCGAAUGCCUCAACAUGGCAGCGCUGUGGAAGCUCCCCAUCGUGUUCGUGGUGGAAAACAACUUGUGGGCGAUCGGGAUGUCACAUUUUAGGGCCACGUCUGACCCAGAAAUAUGGAAGAAAGGGCCGCCCUUUGGGAUACCUGGAGUGCAUGUCGAUGGGAUGGAUGUGUUGAAGGUCCGGGAGGUCGCCAAGGAUGCCGUUGCUAGGGCGAGGAGGGGAGAUGGGCCGACACUGGUGGAAUGCGAGACGUAUAGGUUCAGGGGACACUCGCUUGCUGAUCCUGAUGAGCUCCGGAAUCCUGAUGAGAAGGCUCGCUAUUCUUCCAGAGACCCCAUCGCUACCCUGAAGAAGUAUGUUCUUGAACAUAAUCUUGUUUCUGAGUCUGAGCUCAAGGCCAUUGAUAAGAAGAUUGAUGAGUUGGUUGAAGAAGCUGUGGAGUUUGCGGAUUCAAGCCCAGCUCCUCCUCGAAGCCAACUGCUUGAGAAUGUCUUUGCAGACCCGAAAGGCUUUGGAAUUGGUCCUGAUGGAAAAUACAGGUGUGAGGAUCCAGGAUUCACGCAGGGUACCGCGCAAGUGUAGAGAUUCUGUAACUCCAUUGCUCAUUCUUGUUCAAAAAGGUACUUUUCAGUAUUUUGAUGUAGUCUGAUUAGUAGCAAAUUAUCCUCUUUUCACCAUCCUAUUCUAUUUUCUCAUUAAUGCCAAUAUUGCUACGUCUUCGGCUGCAUUUCUUUGUCCAACUAUUAAGACGUGUGAGUUCAGGUUUAGCUUAUUUUUGGCAAGUAUUGUUUAUGACACUAUGAAAUUGAUAUUGUUGUAUCUAAUAUUCCUUAUAUGGUGGCUGUUUUAUUUUUAA